CGUAACACAAACGCUACAUUGUGACCCAAAACUUAAUUGAAAAACCAUUUCAAGUCCAUAAAAGCGCUCUCUCUCUCCAUAAAAGCGCUCUCUCUCUCUCUCUCUCUCUCUUCAUAAACCCUAGAAAAGAAAAGCUCCAUCAAUGGCGUCUUCAAGGCCUCUCGCCACCGUGUCAAGGCUGUUUUCCAAUUCCCUCCGCCGCCUCCACCACCACCGCCUCAAUAAUUUCUCUCCCUCUGCCGGCGCUCACUCGUUCUGUACAGGUCAUUCCUCCAAUGAAGAAGUCCAUCCCUCCAAUGAAGGUGGAGUGAUUGAUCUUGAGUCGAAAGUGGUGGAUGACAGUUACAAGUGCUCCAAGAUCGAUGUGCCUGGUCUAAACUCAAAGGAUCUGAAAAUAUGGGUGAACGAGAAGGGAGAAAUAAAGUAUGAGGGAAGAAGCAAGAGCCUACCCAAAUACGAGUACAAGGGACGGUUGUACCAAGGCACCAUUGAAGUGUGUCCGGACUGUCAUGUGGAGCAGUUCAAGGCGGAGGUGAUCCAUGGCGUUCUCUGGAUUACUUCGCCGCUCACGACCAAGGAGAAAAUCAGAUUGAAGAAGAAAAGUGAUGAAUUGUUGGAUCAGAAAGGGGAUGAGAAGGUUUGAUCCAUCCUCUCAUCGAUUUGGGGGUUUUGGGUUUCAAUUCAAUUAAUCGAUGCUGGCUUUUUGGGUCCUUUAAUUUCGAUCUCUGUCUGCUUAUUUUCUGUGUUUGUUUUUCGGAUAUAUAUAUAUAUAUAUAUAUUAUAUGUUGAAUGUAUGAAUCUCUUUUGGGGAUGAAUCGUGCAAUGAAGAAAGUUAAUUAGUGCUAAUUAAUUA